UGGCAGUGUUUCUGAGUUAUACAAUUUUGUUAUAUUAUACCGUAACCGCAAGAAAUAAAAAAUAAUAUUUAUUUCUAAGAUUAUUGAUAUUCCUUUUUAGUUCAAAGAUGUCUUUAAAUUUUUCGUCUCUAAAAAUCAUUAAUGAAAAAUUAGGAGAUGAUUUUGAUUCAAUAAUUAUUAAUUGUAAUAACUAUCGAAAUAUUCUUCUAAAAAAUAAUAAUGAAAUCAAAAAUAAGAUUAUGUCUGAAGUGGUUGGAGAUCAAGCUACUUUGAUUAAAACUCUAAAUAAGGUUCAAAAUUCUAGACAAGAAAUUAUUUCUAUAAUAAAAGAUGUAGAUCAAUUGAAGUUAAAGUAUUCAAAGUUUAAACAAGAAACUGAAAGUAUAAGAAAUGUAUUUCAAACUCUUAUAUCUGAUAUGAAUGAAAAAUCUAAUAAAGUCUUAUAUUUAAUUUGUCUUAAGUGUAUUAAGUCUAUCAGUAAUCAAAUAAGAUCAGGUCUCUCAAAUAAGCAAGAUGACAAUGUCAUCAAAUCAUAUGUAUGUUUAAGUGAAAUUAACAGUUGUAUGGUCAAUUUACCAUGUAAAAAUUUAGUCUCUUAUAUUAAUAAAAUGUCAACAUAUUGGAAUUGUAUUAUAAAACAAUUUUAUUCAGAAGAUUUUGAUUUAAUAUUAAAACAAAUUAAUUGGCCAUUUACUAUUAAUAAAUCUCUAGACACUACUAAACAUAAUCUUCAACGUUUAGCUAGCAUCUUAAUAAAAGUUCAACUACCAGGUAAUGAAUACAAAGAUCGCAAUGAAAAAAAUGUUAUACAAUUAAUGGAACACUUUAGUAGAGUAAGCUUACCUGUAUCAUUAUUAGUAGUACCUUUCCAGAAAAGAUUUUUUUUUCAUUUUACUGGAAAAAAACAAACUAAUAAACCAGAUAAACCAGAAUGGUUUUUGUCCAGAGUUUUGAGUUGGAUAAGAGAUUAUAGAUCAUUCCUUAUUGAUUGGUUAGGGCCAGUAUACUUAGAAAACAAUAAAAAAACCAUUGAAGUUCAACAUGAAUUUAUUGUUGGAUUGUUACAACCUGUUGUUAUAAAACUUGAUACAGAUUUAUCACAUUUUCAAUUAGAAGAUAUUGUAUUUUCUCAUAUUGUAGAUGAAACUUUAGCUUUUGAACAUGAAUUAAGAAAAGUAUAUAACUAUCCAGAUGAUUACCCAAGUGUGACUGAAGUACUAACUCAAGCUCAUAUAUUUUUUAAGUGGAUUAAUAUGGAAAGAAAAUAUGCAUUAAUUAAAAUGGACACAAUUUUAACUAAUAGUGAUGUAUGGAAAAUUAUAGUGAAUGAUAAUUUGUAUAAAAUAACAAGAUGCUCUGAUAACAUUUUAACAUUACUAAAUACUAUGACUGAUAGAUAUAGUAUACUUCGACAACCUCGACAUAAACUCCAAUUUUUAAAACUUCAAACAGAUCUCUUAAAUGAUUUCAAAGAAAAAAUAGUUGAUGUUUAUAAAGUCAAUGAAAGUCAAAAUAUAAUAGAAGAAUUACAACAAAUAUUAUGUACUUUACAUUAUAUUGCAUAUGUUCUAAAUAAUUGGGGCACUAAUAUGCACUUUCUAUCAUUGUUUAAUUAUAAAUGUGAGUUGGAAAAUGAAGUAAGAAGUAGGAGCGAAAGUGAACCUUAUGAAAUUGUAGAAAAUGCUGAAACAGUUUUUGAUGAUAUUAUUCAUUCAUACAAUGUAGAGAUGGAUAAUUUAGUGCAGGAUUUAUGUAAUUAUGUAAUGAUGAAAAUUAAAAGAAGUGCUAAAAAUUACAAACGAGAUAGAUGGCAUGUAAUGAGUCCAAUAAAUGAAAACAUUAAGUACACUAUAACUGAUAGUGGUUGGGUAAUGUAUGAAACAUUUGCAGAAAAUCUUGAUUUGCUCUCAAAGAAUCUUCCACACUCAUUAUUCAAUAAAUCCUGGCCUAAAUUGGCAAUUAAAUUAUCAGAUUAUAUCUUUAAUGAUAUCCUCAUGGCAAAUAUGUUCAAUAAGGGAGGAGCACAGCAUUUACAAUGUGAUGUACAAUAUAAAAUGCUACCAAUUAUAUCAAGAUACACAACAAAACCCACUAUUUAUGUUGAACGAUUAUUAGAAGCUUGUAAAGUAUUAUGCUUUGAACCAUAUUUCCAACCAGUAAAAUUAAUGCCUAAUGAAGUAUCAGAAAUUUUGUUAAGAAGAAUAGAGCAUGGAAACUCAAUUGAUUUAAGUUAAAAUUUAAAUUACUGUUGUUUUUAACUAAUUUUAAAUUAUGUGUUGAAAUUAUUUUGGUUCAUAUAUAUAUAUAUAUAUAUAUUUUGUUAAAAAAUAAAAUUGUUUAAAAUAGUAA